GAUCCCAGGGCCGGUUUAGCUGCUUUUUUGCUAAGAUUAGGAGAGGGAAGCAAUGGGAAAUUCACUGGGCUGUGUUAAGGAGUCGAAAGAUUCAGUAGCUAUUCCUGAGAAGGCUCCUAUAUCUCCUAAGAAAAGAGUUCGGUUCAAAAGGAAGUGGAGGAGGAAGAAAACCUCUACUCCAGAGGUAUCCCCUGAGGAAGAACCCUUGGAAGGAACUGGAGUCAUUGAAGAGAAAGAAACCCUAACGAAGUUAAUAGUGAGUCUCCGAAAGGAGGAAGGAGUGGAAGGGGUAGAACAUCCCCCCCUAGACAUUUUACCACCUGAGGACUCGGCCCCCAACUCAGGAGUGGGAGAUCAAGGGAUGAUCGUGCAGGUGAAGGAGAGGUUCCAGGGGGAGAUCCAGACUGCCCACCUUUUGCUAGAGAAUGAGUCAUCAGUUGCCGGAGGGGUCUGGGAUUCCCUGGAAGAGGGGAUGACUGUCAUCGCUCACCUGCUUGAUAACCCAGCAGAGAGGAACUGUGAGAAGUCAGUGAGCCAACUGGUGGAAUUUCCGAGGACAGCUUCCUGCAGCAGCAGGGCUGUGCUGCUGCCUUUGCAAGGAGAGACUGCAGUGGAGAGAGUAGAUACUCAGCCUGGAUACCAGAGCAGCACUUUCCCCAGGAUGAACCACCCCAGCAGCACAGGAGAUGAAGACCAACUUUCAGAGGGCUGGAGUGUGGGGGGAGGAACCAAGGGUAUUGUAAAUGUCCCUGAGACAGGUUCCUGGAUUGCAGAGUGUUCUGUCCCUUCAUCACUAUUGGAGCAGCUGAGAGGCCACAGACGUACAGAGCCUGCCCUCAUGGGUCAAGUGCCCCCCCAAGGUCCCCAGCUGCCUGCUUCUCGGAGUGAUUUGUCCAUCAAUGGCAUGACUGGGAGCAUUUUGCCCUCCUCCUCUGGCUAUGGCACCAGUGGUCCACACUUACGUGGGAUCCGGCCUAGGGAUACAGAACCUGAAAAGAGCUCCACAACAUUUUCAGAAGAGGAUGGCAAUCUUUCUUUGGAGGCUGGCCACACCCCAUCAUGGGGUCUGGAGGAGGUAGGUGGGCAUGUCCCAGGGAUAGGAAAACAGUUGUUUGGAUUCCUGGCUCUCAAACUUACUAAAGUGGAGUAUGGUGAGUAGUGAGGACCUUGGGGCUUCUUCUCAAACUUACCCCUAUGUCGGGGACUGGGAGUU